CAUAGCCUUGAGGAAGUAACGAAUUCGUCAGGGGUCAACAGUACGAGAAAAUGAAAAUGAAAAUGAAAAAAAUAAUAGAGAAACGUAUGGUCUUGACUUUGUAUGGAGAAGGGGCUACUUGACUUGGAAAUAAAGGGAUGUGUGGGCUCAAGACAACAAAGUACAGGCGAGCAUUAAUUGAAGGGCAGGGGAAGUCCGGUCAAAGGAAGACAGGCUUGAAAAAGGCGAAAGCAGCCCCAUACCACCGGCGAUUCCAAACGACCUCACCGGGCCUCUCGGUGGGCUGACCGUCCCACGUCGUCGUCGGGCGAGGGAAAGUUCACAACACGACAAUCAAGGCGCAUACGGCGACCGGCGGUCACCCACAUUUCAGGAGGACCCCGCCGUACCGGAGUCCGGGCCAAUCCGGCACCGCCCCGCCCGGGCCGGUCAUUCCCCCGUGCCGGUUGUCGUGGUGAGAGGGGAGUUUAUUUUCGUUGUCACCUGCCCCGCGGCCCGGGGUAUGCGGGGCCUUUCCGCUGUUGCUGCCCGGCUGCUCGUGCCCGGAUUACACCCCCCGCUCCGCCCCCCCGCCCACAUGUAUAAGACGAGACUGGCGGGAUCAGUGGAAGCAUCUGACACUCCUCGUCGCAUUUAUCUCCUCCUCUUCCCCCCUCUCCCACUGCGUUUCCUCUCGUCCUUCAUUCAUUCGUUCUGCCACUUUGUUGGUCCGUUCUCCAUAUCCCCCGCAUUCCGUCGAUCAUCCAAGAAACUGCCUACGCCUAGAAGCAAGUUUCUUGUUCUCAUCCUCGUCCUCAUCCUCGCCUCCUGCUCCUGCCCACACGCUCUGUCAGCGAAGAAGCAUCGGUGUCUCCCUGUGUCGGAUUUCGCCACCCGCCUCGGCAUUUGCACGAAGGUUCAAAUUCGGCAGAGGUGGUCGUCGAUUGGAUGCGUGAGGUUCGGCCUAUUGGACAUGCUGAAUGAGUCGUUCUGAGGAACCUUCUUGCGCAGAGCGAUUGACUGCCUCCGUCAGCUUGGGAGCUGAAGCUGGUGUUGGUGUGGGUGUUAGUGUUAGUGCGGGUAGAGUCGAGUGAGACGGAUCGGUUGGAGGAGUGCGGGCAUAUAUUGUAGCCGGCUCGGUGGAGACACAUUGUGAUUCAUGCAGUUAUUGGACUCGUUGAAGAAGAAGGCCAAGGCAAUGGGGAACACCGUCGGGAGCAACAGGAAGGGUGCCAAACAGGUGGUGACCGUGUUGCAGGCAGAUGGGCGCGUGCUGGAGUUUCCGCGACCUAUUCGGGUGGCGGAUCUGCUCUACGACCAUCCGAACCAUUUCGUGUGCCAUUCGAGUGCGCUGGUGCUCAUGCAGCAGGGCAAAAUGUUGCCUCAGAACACUCUUCUGAAUCGCGGGCACGUCUACUUUCUCCUCCCCCAUCCCAGCGCAUCGCCAGCAGUCGUCGAAAGCGCCCCUCUUUUGGUGCCCGAGGGUGUCAAACCCGCCAAAACCAUGAAGUUUGUCAUCUCCAAGCAGCAGCUGGCCAAAAUCCUGGCCGAAGGCAACAUCAAGGUGGUGACCAAGGACCCUGAACCUGCUUCUCGCACGCAGGUCGAUUGCAGUCAGAGGUCAUCGCACGUCCGAGUUUUACAUCACCCCGCUCCGACACUCGUGAAAAGACCUGGGACCUGGACUCCAGGCCUCGACAGCAUUUCCGAAGUGCCAGUUAUGUGAACAAUGCCACGAACAUCAGACGACAGAUACUCGCAUCAUAACGUCACCUUCAACCUAAGAACAGCAUCAACGGAGGCAGCUUGUCCGAGGCGUGUACCAUAAAGGCUUAACACAGUAUCGCCCGACAUGCUGCAUGCCGAGUGGAGGCCUUCAAACUCAAGAUUUCGAAGCCUUGGCCUCCUCGAUUUGUACACACGAAACCAAUCGGCGUCGCAACAUCUCCAAGUUGCCGAACGACCUUUAUGGCUUUAAAUGAGAAAUGGAGAAUUUUCCGGAUAGUAUUAGUCAAUACUUCACAUGCCUGUAAAGCAUACGCACGAACUGCUGUGGAUCACCACGAUGGCCCACAUUUAGUUAUCUGACGGUGUCAAUACGCAUAAUUAGUCACAGUUUGAAUACUUGAGGAAUAGUUAAAGGUCGGCGAAUUGGGGAUGGAACGGGUGUUUCCACUCCACCGCCAUGUUUAUACUUUGUAUAUCAAUGCACAUACACAUAAAUGAAAUUGUUCAAUCGAAUUUCUUGUUCGUCUCAUGGAUCUGGUCGUUCCUCUGCUUUCCUCUCUAGGAUCUCUGUGGAGUAGGGAAGCCGUCAAAGUUCUCUUCCCGUUGUUUCAUUUUUGUGUCGGUAGGCGAAGUGGAUACUCACCUUAAGAAACGACCUUCGCCUGAGGAAUCACACUGCGCAAUCUUGGCAUUGAGCUUCUUGAAACCUGGUCCUCGAUGAGCAACAUCGAGUGCGGAAGCAGU